UUUGUGCCAUGCGGACCUGCGCACAUACACACACACACACACACACACACACACACACACACACACACAGACACUCACAUACACCACGAAGGCUAGUGCAGACAAUUCCAACUGAAGACACGGAUCUGAGACAGAGAGAGAAAGAGAGAGAGAUCAGGAUGGGUGUUACAGGAGAAAUGAAGGAGGACGAGGCUGCGUAAGACAGCUGAGAGACACUGAAAGAUAAACCGAGGGUGGAGAGGACAGACAGCACAGUCUCAGCAGUUUUGUGACGGAGAAGGAGAGAGGGAGAACUAGCCAGAUAAAUUGCUUGUGAUGUUGCGUGGGGAUGAUGCAGAAUAUCAGCGCCGCUAUCACACUCUGGGCAGUAACACGCGCCGCCUCUCCAACCCUGACAUGGAGGCCUUUGCUAAGCUCCACAAGAGCGGCGACAUGGAGCAUCAGCGAAACAAAUACCCUCCACAGCACGCCGCCAUGCUGGUCAACACUAACUGUGCGCGGCAGCAGCAACCACAUUACUGGAGCUUCAAGGCCAGGACUCCACGCGGCGCUGCGGGGCUGCAGCAGCACACGCUGGGCGAGCAGGUAGGAGGGCGACUCUGUUACGCGUCUGCGGAGAGUUUGGAAAGCAUGGCUGACGCUGAGCUGCCGCUGGGCUUCAGUCGCUCCAACAUCCUCAGACAGAGUCUUCCACUGGCUCGAUCGCCCAGCCAAGCCAAACUAAGAGCACCAGCGGUGUUGUUUUUGCAGUUUGGUGACGAGACGCGACGGGUGCACAUCACUCAUGAGCUGACCAGCAUGGAGACGCUUCACGCCCUCAUCGUGCACAUGUUCCCUCAGAAACUGACGAUGGGCGCAUUGCGUUCGCCCGGAACGGCUCUCCUCAUCAAGGACGAGGCGCGCAACAUCUUCUACGAGCUGGAGGACCCUCGUGACAUCCACGACCGCUGCCUCAUCAAGAUUUACUGCAGAGAGGCUCCGAUACGAGACACACACUACAACGCACAGCACGCAGCCCACCCCGUACACCACGCACACAUCGCCAACGGAGACCUACGGAGAGAGCUGGUGUACACCUCGAGGGAAUCAUCUCCCACGCGUCGUUUAAACACACUCCCGUCUUCCUCUCCUCCCUCUGGUUCUCCGUCACGCUCGCAAUCCCGUCUUUCUUACACGGGUGGGCGUCCGUCCUCUUACGCUGGUCCCCAUCCAUCGCCCCAGCUCCACCCCUAUCAGCACCAACACCACACCCACCAAGGAGGCCACGCCCCCCAGCAGGCCCACCCUGCAUUUUGUGCCUCCCCAAGUGCUAUUCUGGAACGGCGUGAUGUGAAACCGGAUGAGGAAAUUACAUCGUCAUCGAAGAGCGUGGUGUUGCUAAAAAACGAAGCGAUAUACGCAGACCCGUACACGCUCGUCCAGGAUCCUCGGCUCAGCGUGGCCUCGCAGCAAGCUCUGGCUUACCGCCGCGGAUCGGUGCGCUCAAUUGGUGGAUACCCUGCCGCGGCAUUACAGUGUGAGCUUGAGGGCGCCCUCUACAGGUCUGGUGGUCCCAUAUACGCAGAUCCAUAUGCCACUAUGGGUUUCCGAACCCUACCUCCAGCUUCGCCUCAAAAACUGUCUGACGGCAGGGAUCCGUAUGGGAGUCACCCAGGACGAGGGUCCCCUGGGAGACAUGGGUUUCGUAAAGAUGGCACUGUGUACAUAGAGAGCCCAAAGAAUCGUCCAGGAGGACCACCUCUGGAGCAGAUAUGUAUGCUUGGGGGCCCCGGAGGAGAUGGAGGGCCGUUACCAGUGUAUGGCUCAACAUUACCUGGAAACGAAGAGACCAGAGAGCGUAUGGAGGCCAUGGAGAAGCAGAUAGCCAGUCUAACCGGACUUGUUCAGAGUGUUUUGACCCGUGGACCAGACAGCCCCGAGAAGGCAGAAACAGCAAGCGACUGCUCUGCACCGGAGACUGGAAGGUUUAGAAAGCAAAAAGUGUCAUCACCGUCUGCGCCUCUGGCCCUGAUGCCACCCCCACCCUCUGGAGUCUGUCAGCCAAUAGCAAUGUCCCGUUCACAAAUGCAGCUGCACCUUACUGACCUGCAGCAGCACACAGUUGAACUGCGCAAACAGCUGACACAACUGCGCCAAUUACAGUUGCAAAAUCAGGAUUCUGUUCAGGCGUUACUGAGGCAGACGGAGUCUGAUUUGGGAAUGUGUCUGAUCGAGGCGUCUCGGACACAAGAAGAUCCAUUACAGCGUCAGCGUCUUCUUGUUGAAGAGGAGAGGCUACGUUAUCUUAAUGAAGAAGAACUUAUUAUACAACAGCUACACGAUCUGGAGCGCUCUGUGGAGGAGAUGAGGACGGGGGCGGGGCUUAACCAUCAUCUGGUGACAGAACAGGAAAUAGAACAGAAGAGUCUGGAGCUCAGGAGACUGGGAGAGACCGUCACUGACCUCAAGAAUCAGUUCCCCACUUUACAAAGUAAGAUGCGUGUGGUGUUGAGGGUGGAGGUGGAAGCCGUCAAGUUUCUGAAAGAGGAACCGCUCAGACUGGAGGCCUUGUUGAAACGCUGCAGAAACAUCACCAAUACCCUCACCCUUCUACGAAGGCAGGUAUCAGAAGGUGUGUGGAGGACACCCGAUGACUUCAGUAGUUCAGUUUCCAGCACGAGCGACGCUGAUUUCAGCAGGAGCUCUGAUCUAGAUAUUCUCAACAGCCCCUCUCUAAAUCUGCCCGACCUAGGGGGCACCUUAUCGGGCACUGCCACUCUUUCUUCCUCCCUGGGCGCUAAUACCACAAAUCCUGGUCUAACGAGUGCCUCUAGUAUAGGAGGUACCACAAGCCUAUCUAAUGUGCUCGGCUCUGCCGUUGGUGCCAGUAUGGGCAGCAGUGGUAUUCCUGGCAGCACAACGUUGGGUAACUGGCUGGCAGCGGCCGGGGCAACAGAUUCCAUCAUGCCUGAACUGGACGGCACUUCCGCAGGGGCAAUAAAGACCAGCGGCCUGGAAGAUCUGCCCAUUCGCAGAGAAUCUGAUAAAGGAGUGUCCGUGGAGGUCCGACUGGCUGCGGAGCGAGACUGGGAGGAGAAGAGAGCCAGUUUAACUCAGUUCAGUGCUCAGGACAUCAACCGUCUUCUGGAGGAAACUCAAGCUGAACUGAUGAAGGCCAUUCCAGAUCUGGACUUCGCUGCUAAGCAGAUCACCAAACCAGCCGUUCCACCAAAACCCCAACUAUCCUCCCUCCCAGCGCCCGGUUCAGCAUCCUCCACCCCCAGCUUAACACCUGAACAUCAGCCCAGCAAAACCCCGCCAAAACCACCCAGCAAAGACGGCAUCCCAAGGAGGGGAUCGGGGGAGCUGACCGUGCCACGGUAUCGUACAGAGAAGCCAUCCAAGUCUCCACCCCCUCCUCCUCCACGACGAAGUUUCCCAUCAGGCCUUGGGCUAACUACCAACAGCAGUGGAGAAGUGAUCACCAUAAACAAGAGUGUGAAGAAGUUGGAGAAGAUUGAGAACAGAGAGGAGGCUGAAGUACCGACCCAAUCCCAGACGCCACCCGUCAAACUGAGACGCCCAUCGACCUCCGACGGGCCCCGACCUUCAUCCACACCUCCGGUUAUUGCUGCUUCUGGGAAGAAGGAAGAUGAGGAUGAAGAUGAGAAGAUAAUGGCAGAGCUGGAGGCGUUUCAGAGAGCCCCAGUGAGACUGAGGGUCACUGCUCAGGCCAAAAACCCUGCUGAGGUCACUCCUAACAGUGUUGACAGGGCAGGCCAGUGGAUCAGCAACUCUCUGUGGAGAGAGCCUGUAGGCACUCCUCCGGGCUCGGCGAAACUGGUGCAGCCAUCUGCUGCGUCUCGUCUGCGGCACCUACAGCAGAGCAGCCUGGAGCGCCGGAACAGGAAGCAGCAGGAGGAAUUCCCAAAGCUACAGCAGGGUCAGCAGCAGGUGAACGCUUCAUGGCGACGAUGACCCUAGAAACCAGGGGAAGCACAGGUGACCUCUGAGCCUAAAUCACACUUGGAAGUAAAGCAUCUCCGCAGCUAAAGCAAGCACAACACAUCAGUACUGAAGAGCUUUGACAAAGGUACGAGUCUAACUGUAAUUUUAUAGUAAAGUCUUAUAAAAAAAAAAAGCUGGUUGGAUGGUUUCAAAUAAGAGCCAGUAUAUGUACACUGAAUAAACAAUGUAAAAUGUAUGGAAUACUAAACAUGAAGCAGUUAUAAUCCACUAAUUUAAACAAACUUAUGGUAAUAUACAGUAAUCGUGAAACAUUUUAGGGUGAAUCUCAUGAAAACAUACCCAGAUCAUAUUUGACCCCAAAAUUUAAUUUUUUUUUUUUUUUACAAAAAGAAAGUAUAAAAGACUAUUUUAAGCCUCAUUUUCAGGACUAUUAAGAUGUUUUGCAUUUAUAUAAUGCCAUUUAAGCAUAUUUCACCCCAUUUAAUUUACUUAGUAAUUUAAAGGUGCGGUAAGCAAUUUCUGAGAAACGCUGUUGAAAGUGGAUCGGACCGAGCACCAAAACACACUUGUAGCCAAUCAGCAGUAAGGGGUGUAUACACUCAUGAGGUGGGAGGUGCCUGUGUUAGUGUGUUUGUGAAUUUGGGGGCGGAGCUAUCAAGAUAGGGGCGUGAUCCUUUAGGGUAGGGACGUGUUUUGGUGAUUUCAAAUAUCAACAACGUUUCUCAGAAAUUGCUUACUGCACCUUUAUUUUAGCUAUAUAUAUUAGCUCUCUCUCUCUCUCUCUCUCUCUCUAUAUAUAUAUAUAUAUAUUCUGCGAACCCUCCAUUACACAGUGCCUCCUUUACAAAACAAUCUGCGAUCUUGAAGGGCGUUUUAAUAAUAUAAAAUCCUGUCAAAAGAUCAAGGAAAAACUGAUUUCUGACCCCUUUAAGCAAAAUAUAAUUUUUUUAUUAUUAUUUUAAUUUGGGGUGAAAUAUGAUCUAUUUCAUGAGAAUCGCCCUUUAACUGACGUGUAGCUGGGUCAGUUUUAGAUAGUAGCUUAAGUGCAAAUCAGACUGUGUAGAAUUAAUCUCAGUAGACUUUACGUUCUAUAAAGAAAAUUCUCUAUUCAACUAGAAAAUAUGUAGCACAACUGCAAACAAAAAUGUUACCUUACAGUUAAAUACAGUAGUUAAAAUCUUCAAGCUAUUGACAAGAUAAUUGGUGAAUAUCAAGAAUAAGCUAGAUAUUUUAUAUAAGAUUAGCUUUUGUAUUUUUAUACUAAAAAGGGAGAAUGUGUUAAGAUAACGAGAGGUACAUGCCUUAUCCAAAUUCAUAUUGUAUGAGUUCUUGAAAAGCAAAUGAUGAAGAAUGAAACCUGCAAUCUAAUACUAUAUGAAUCAAAUCAGUUUUCUAUAUGUUUCCCCCAGUGGAUUUGAAGUGUGAGAGCAAAAAAAAGGCAUUAUAUUUUGUUAUUUGACAUUUGACAGCACAUUACAAUGUAUAUGCGUGAAGCACUUUGUGUCACUGGGACGUAUUCGCAACGUUGCCGUAUGAUGAAUAACCAGUUGACGGUGAAUAAUAAAUUGCUAUAGACUGUUUAGAUCAAUAUUCCGAUAAAUUGACAUCUCAUUCAUAUUUGAUGAAUCCGAAGGGUUUGUAAACAACAGCCCCACUGCCAUUGUUUUUCCAUUUUCUGCGAAGUAGUAUAUAUUGCUACUGUGUGUGUGUGUGUAUAUAUAUAUAUAUAUAUAUAUAUAUAUAUAUAUAUAUUUAAGAUGCUAUAGUUUGGCUUGGUGGUCGUGUCCAUCAGAUGCCUGAUACAUACCUCAUUACUUUGUUUUUCGUGUCUUAAAAUGACUUCAUUGAAGUAGAAUAGUCCCAAACUCUGAUGCGACACACAUCUGAGCACCAUAUGCUGUGCUAACACACUGAUAAAUGUGCAAAAUACAUGUACAAAACAACAAAAGAACUGUGUAACUGUAUAUAAACUGUAUGAUCAUGGAUAUGUUAAUUUAGGGUAUUUUUUGUAAACUUUUCUUUUCUACCAAAAGAGUUUGAGAGUUCUGAACUGCAUGUAGAUAGAUAUCUUCACAAAGUCUGCAUGCAGAAUCCUCUCUCUGUAAGUUCUGUUUACAAGUGUAAGAUAGAUGGACUUCUGAAUUAAUAAAGAGAAACUUUUUUUUUUUUAAUAAAUAUAGUUCUAUGUGAGUAGACGGGUCAAUCAGAUCCUUUUCACUGUUGUCUAAUCUGUAACAAACCAUUCAAGCAUUCCAAACCUCUUUGGUGAUUUAACAUGUCAGAAAAAAUAACCCCCAUUUUUCAUUAAUGCAACAUAUAGAAUGUAUAUAAAUCUAUCGACAACUUCUUGUGAUAAAACAAUAACAAAGUGUGAAUGCAAUGUUGACCAAUAGAAAUAUAUCUACAUGGAAAAUGUUAUAAUGCAAAAGUUGUUUUAAUGUUGAAAAAACCUCGUCUGGUUCUGUAUGUACAAGAGACUGUUGGUUUUGAAUGUUCUUGUGCUGUUUUUGUGACUAUUAAAGUGGAUAUCUUCUACUACA